GCUCUCGCGUCGCUGAUGUUGUGUUGUCUGUCAACUAUUUACUAGAAAUAUUAUUUUUAUAGCUUUGCAAACAAAUAUCAGAUUUAUAAAGUUUAAAAUACUUUUAAUAUAGAGUUUACAAGUGUAUAUUGUUGAUAAAAUGGUUGUACAAUGAUUGUUAAAAGUUUUAUUGCGUUUAAACAAAAUUGUUUAAGUCGUGGGGAUUUGUGAAGUGAUUUUGUGUAUUGUGGUGUUUUGUGACAUCGUUUCGAGGAGGAAUAAGAUAUCCAGAUGCUGCCUUCUAUGCCCAUUCUGUUUACGAGGGAAAGCCAGGAUGCGUUCGGGAAUAAAAUUGAGCCAAGCACUAGUUUCUUCAAUCCAACUUCUACAGCUAAGCCCGCCAUUGCAAUCGAGGGUGCUUCUAGAAAGACAUUACAGAAUGGACAGACAAGCUUACAAAAUAAGGAUACAACUCAAAAAUCAGGAGAAGAAAUUAAAAAGAAUGAUGCAGAGACAAAAACAAAAGUGGAAGAUAAUCCUUUAGAAGCAGCAUUGGUUAGAGGUUACUACACAAAAAUACAGAACAAAUUUUCUGCCUAUGCAUCACAGCCAACCAACAAGUUCAGACAGUUCCGAGAGGCUUUAAAAACAUUUGAUCCAAACAAGGAAACUCCAGUGGAUUUGUAUAAGAAGAUAGAGCAGAUAUUUGGCAGUGAACACAAAGAUUUAGUAGAGGAAUUUCUCCUGUUUCUAAAGCCCGGCCAGGCCGUGGAAGUCGGUAGAUUCAUGGAUCAUUUCAUGUUGGUUCAAAUCACUGGAUUUAUAAAAUUACUCAAUACCACAUUCAGCCGCAAACCAACGGUGCUCCGUAAGAUAAUCCGUGCUAUAUCCAACGGCAUGAACACGGGCGGCAGCGCGGAGAUGAGGGGUCGAGUCCUGCCGCACCUGCGCUCCAGCCCGCGCCUGCUGCAGAUGUUCCAGUCGCUGUUCCCUGACACCAGGCCGCCUGAUAUCGUAUACGAGGGCAGCACAGACACGAUCAACGAGAGUUUCCUGACGGAAGACCAAGGGUACGACGUGUGGGAGUUUGCGGAAGACAAACACAACAAGAGGAAACCCAGCGCCAAGGAAGGACUUAACUCUGAGUACCUUCACGGACGGGUGUUCAUCCAGCACGGCAGAAUGUUGAGGACGGCGUGUGUCACAUAUCCCUACAGCAAGGAGCCGUACCGGUCGCACGCGCGCCGCCUCGCGCCCGGCAGCCUCUCCCCCUCAGAUGACGACAGAGAAAGAGGGUCACCCAAAAAGAACAACAAAAUAGUCGACAAAAUACCCCCAAAACGAACCAGAAAACAAACCAAGUCACCCACGAAAAACGUUAAAGAUUUCAACGACAACACAAAGAAAGAUCUGACCAACACACUCAAUAAAAUAAAAGGUAAAACGCAUGCUAAAGCAAAAGUAUACAAAAAGGACGAACAGAAAAAGAAAGACAAUAAAAGUACGAGAGGCGCGGAUAAAAUAGAGGCUAAAGUUGAGAAGAAUUGGACGAGAGAUGAGGACAAGACUAUGUUGGAAAUUUUAAAAGGUGAGUCAGGUUCGGAGGAAGUAUUCGAAAGAAUAAGAGCAGUUCUGCCGCACAGGACAAUCUCCGAAAUCAAGGAGAGAUUGCAUCACGUUUUGAAUCUUUUACAAGAAAUGGCAGUAAAUAUUACGUAACAUUUGAUGACAUUUUAUUGUUGUAAUCGAGAAUAUAUUUAUAACUUUAUAUGAAUAAAUAUUAUUUUUACCCCGG